AUGUACUGUUUUGGGUGGAGCAGUAAGUCUACCCUAGACAAAGUGAGGUGCUCCAAACAAGAUGUGAGGCACCUAUUGGUUGUGAAGAGUAUGAGAAGUGCUGGACGGGUUUUUGACAAUCAGGCAUGCCCAAAUGCUCCUAAUGAUGUGGAACAGUUGGUACAAGGGACAAGUAUGGCUAACAGUGGAAACCAAAAUAAUGUUAAACAGGUAGCAAAUGACCCCCCAAGUCAUAGGGGGUCCAGGAACCUCCAGAACUCACCUACAGACCUGAGCAUGAAGAAUGGGCGAAGUGUCCCAGCUUUCAUCCAGAAAGGCCAUUCCAACGGGGGGGUAAUGAGUACCCACAGAGAGAGCCCCAGGAACGCAACUAAUGGGGUUGAAAAAGUCACUGUGCAAGUGGGAUGAAGGAUGAUGGCCAUAAAGCUGGACUCAGAAGAACCAGAAACUCUCUCUUUACCAAAGGAGGUGAUCUUGGUGCAUGGACGUUUGCCCUUCCGGCCUUGGUGGCAGGUCUGUGCUUCGCCAAGUCUCUGUUCGGAGAAUUCGUCCAUGAUGACAUCUGGGCCAUCCUCAAUAAUCCAGACAGCCGAGGAGAGACCAACCUCAGCAGCGUCUUCAGGAAUGACUUUUGGGGCAAAGCCAUGAAUGACAACACGAGUCACAAGUCAUACCGACCUCUGUGUGUGCUGAGCUUCAGAAUGAAUGUCCACUUGUGGGGUCUGGAUCCCUUCUAUUUCCAUAUGGUGAAUGUCGUGUUACACUGCCUGGUCAGCUCCUUGCUCUGCUACGUGUGCAGUAGGACCGUAUUUGAAGACCGCAGACCGGCAUUGGGUGCUGCACUCCUUUUUGCUGUGCACCCGGUUCACACGGAGGCUGUGGCGGGCAUUGUGGGCAGAGCGGAUGUCUUAGCUUGUUUGCUGUUCCUCUUGGCGUUUCUGUCAUACAUAAGGAGUGUGGAGAUGGAUGCGGCCACAGAUUGUUUUCCCGGUAUAAGAUCACCUUUCCUCCUGCUGCUCAGUCUACUCCUGGGCACCUGUGCCAUGCUGGUGAAGGAGACUGGAAUUACAGUGUUCGGCGUGUGCUUGGUUUAUGACCUCCAGGUGCUGUGCCUGCGAAGGCUGAAAAGGUUGCCGUCUUUGGAGCGCCCUGUAAAGGAUCUGUGGGCUGCGGCCGUUCCCUUCCUGAGGAGAGCAGCGCUGGUUUCCUGCCAUGUGAUGGUGGUGUUGGGUUUCCGUGUCCACAUCAUGGGAGGCUCUAUGCCAUUGUUCUCCGAGCAAGACAAUCCGGCUUCCUUCUCGCCUUACAUCCUCACCAGGUUCCUGACCUUCCUCUACCUCCUGGCAUUCAAUGCCUGCCUGCUUCUGUCCCCCAUCACCUUGUGCUAUGACUGGCAGGUGGGCAGUAUACCCCUUCUUCAUUCCCUCUGGGACAGACGGAACUUGGAGACGCUUGUCCUGUUGGUGGUACUCCUAUCCCUUGGCCUGCACUGCCUAGUGGCAAGAAAGAGGACUGGACAUCGGGAGGUUUUGGUGGGUCUCCUCUUCCUGGUUUUCCCAUUUAUACCAGCCAGCAAUCUUUUCUUCAGAGUGGGCUUUGUGGUGGCAGAACGAGUCCUCUACAUGCCAAGUAUGGGCUUCUGCAUUUUAUGUGUCUACGGAAUGAGGGCCCUUUACAUCCGAAGCAGCCCACGUGGAUCUUCAGCUAUCAUCUUUAGCUUUUUUCUUCUGUUGCUCCUCUUCUCCUGGAAAUCUGUGUCACAAAGCAAGUGCUGGCAGUCACGGGAGUCUCUGUUCAGGUCCGGUGUGCAGACUCUGCCACACAAUGCUAAAGUGCACUAUAACUACGCCAAUUUUCUGAAGGACCAGAACCGAAAACAGGAGGCUGUAAACCACUACAGGACUGUCUUGAGGUUAUACCCACAGCACUCAAGCGCCCUCAACAACCUUGGCACAUUGACCACCAAUGCCACUGCAGCCGAGGAAUAUUACCGCAAAGCCCUAGCAAUCAGCCCGCAACACAGCCGGGCGCUCUUCAAUCUAGGCAACCUGCUUCGGACGCAGGGGCGGAAUGAGGAAGCAGAGCUUCGUCUGAAGGAAUCCCUUCUUUACGGACCAUAUUUUGCAGAUGCCUAUUCCAGCCUGGGAUCGCUGCUGGCUGAUCAAAAACGUCAGCAAGAAGCAGAGGAGGUCUAUAUGACAGGAAUCAAGAACUGUCCAGACAGCUCGGAUUUGCAGAACAACUAUGGAGUAUUCUUGGUGGAUUUUGGAGCUCCGCAGAAAGCUGUAUCUCAUUAUCUCCUAGCGCUACAGCUGCGUCCAAAUCACCAUGUGGCCAUGCUGAACCUCGGCCGCCUUUACCGAUCUCUGAACCAAAAUAGGGAGGCUGAGAAGUGGUACAAAAAGGCUUUACAGAUAUCUCGGGACAUUGAUGUCAUCACCCCUCUUGGAGCCCUGUAUUAUAAUACAGGGAAAUAUGACGAGGCCUUACGUCUGUAUAAAGAGGCAGUGGGACUUCACCAAGAGAAUGUCCUAUUACGACUGUCACUGGCCCAAGUCCAGGCAGUGAUGGGUCAGUCAAAUGAGGCAGAGACUCUAACUCACCGUAUAGCAGCAGAUGCACCAGACUGUAUAGAGUGUUAUCGUCUCCUAUCUGCCAUCUACAGCAAGCAGGGAGAAAUAUAUCAAAGGCUUUAGAAAUGAUCGAUAUUGCCCUGCAGAUGAAGCCAAAAGACCCUAAAAUCAUAUCUGAUCUUCAUUUUACAAAAGGCAACCAACUGCGAGAGCUUAACCAACUGGACAAAGCCUUCCAGAGUUACAGCCUUGUAGCUGAUCUGAGUCCCAAACAGGCACAGGCCUGGAUGAAUAUGGGAGGCAUCAAACACAUACAGGGUGAUUACACCGCUGCCCGAAUCUAUUAUGAGAAGGCCGCAGUUUUGGAACCUGAAAGCAAAUUGCUAAAAGAGAAUCUGGCAAAAUUGGAGCGCUUGGAAAGCAAAAUACAUGGAGUAAAGGCAAAAGAUUCUGAUGGACAACACAUAGCAAGAGGGAGCACGGAGAGAGAAGAAAAGACAUUCAGCAUAGGGGAAAGCAGGACAUAUAUAAGAACUGUUCAAGAUAAAGAAUCUGGUGGGACAAGUCAACAGAAGAUAAAAAAGAGUAGAACAAAAGGACAGGUUUGA